CAAGCAUUGAUGUCACUGUAUAUGGCGACAUCUCGGUCUGCAUGCGGCGAAGGAAGCUUCAUCUCGGUCGUCGUCGUCGCGCUGGGGCGGCGAUUUGAUGUGACAGGGAGGAGGAGGCAGUUCGCGGAGGGAGGAUUUGACUCGCUUCCUUGGCGACUAUGACCAUCGCCGCAGCCAAUCCCAUUGCGCGGAUCCAAUCCGAAUCGGCGGCACCGAUGACCACGGAGGCCGGCGAGGAGGAGCCGCGGCGCCCUCUCCUCCCACCCUCUCCGUCGCCAGCGGCGGAGCACCAGCACCUGGGGCUGAGCGGCGGCGGAGGAGGGUGGGCCGACCUCAGCGCCGCCGAGGUCAAGACCGCCGUCUCCUUCUCCCCCUCCGCCAACUGCUGCCCCCCGUCGCCCAAUCCUCACCACGACGCCGUCUACCCACCCCCGUCAACUGCUGCCAUUCCUCCGUAUACGCACGGUGUGGCGGUUGCUCCUCAAGGGCCGUACCCAUACGGCGGCUAUUACCAUCCUUCUCAGGACGUCCAGAGGGAUGUACUGGAUGAGGUGGAGGCCCGGCGUUUGCUAAUUGAACAUGUCGGACAUCGAUGUUGUUGGGGAAGCCAGCCUGCUCGUACAUGGAAAAUUACAUCCAUCAAGGACUGCUCCGAUGUGUAUGUUGGAACCUUGGAAACCUUUAUCGAGGAAAGGGACGUCGUGUUAGAAAAGGAACCCUAUCAUGGCGAGGAGGUAGAUGGAAGAGACAAGGGUCCGGUUCCUGACGUGUGGGAACUAGAUUUGAGGUCCGAGUUUCCAAUGCUCUUUGUACCGGAGAAAGAAGUGAUGGUCAAGAUUCCUCAUUCACAAGUUACUGAGAAGUGCUCAAAUUGCCAGGGUCGUAGAGAGGUACCAUGUCCUACUUGCAAUCCUGGUCGGCAGCCUGGGUUUUACAUGGCAGAUCAAAUGAUUAAGUGCAGUUUAUGUGAUGGCAGGGGUUUACGCACUCAGCAGGAUGGAUCUGAUUCAGUAUGCUGGAGGUGCAAUGGUCAAGGAAUGUUGCGCUGCACAGCAUGUGGAUCCCGUGGCCUAGUAGUAUGCCAGAAAUGUAAUGGCUGCGGUUCCCUUCUUGCACAAAGCAUUGCUCGUGUUCGAUGGAGGACACUUACAGCAAGGGAAGUUAGUGCAACAGCAGGAUCCGCUUCGGUCCCUGACAAAGUUUUUCACAGAGCGCAAGGGGUGCAACUAUGCAGCAUAGAGGCAUACCAAUGCAUUCCUGCUUUCUUCGCCGAUUCAUACCCUCUCAGCCUGUUGUCCUCGGAGGUUGUCGCGAGCAGGCUGCCAGUUCCUCCAUCCGCAAGAGUCAUUUUGGAGAGACACAUCAUCUCAGUCGUGCCUGUAACCCGCGUCACAAUGUCUCACCGUAAGCGAUCUUUUAGCUUCUAUGUCGUCGGCUACGGCAGGGAUGUUUUCGUGCGGGACUACCCUUCGAGGUUUUGCUGGGGCCUCUGCCGCUGCUUCGAAUGGUUGGGGAACUAGUUGCAUUUUGCGCCAUGUGUGUGUGCCACCUUCUUUUUUGUGUCCAAUGUUCAUAGUAUCGAAACUUGUGUGCAUAACUGUAGAGAGGCAGUGUGAUUUCUGUUGUGUAACUGUAAAGAUGUGCUACCUUAUCUGUUGUGUCACAGCAUAAAACUGUGUGUACAUUUUGGACUUGUACAUCAUGUACAGCAUGAUUGUAUCGAUUAUUCAGUGUGUAGAAACCAAUUCACAUUUGGUUAUGAGAAAUAAUAACGAGAUAUGCUCAACUAUCCAUAA